AUCCAUAUCAAUAUAAAAGGCACCUCGAUUGAGCAGAUUGUAUACCAUCAUCAUCACCAUCUUCCACCAUGCAUCUCUUACGACUUGUUUCCAUCUACAGCCAGCUUCUGCUGUGCUCUGCCACCACUUUACCCCUAAUCCGCCGUUCCUAUAAUGGAACAACAUCUCCUAUGAUCUCAACAGAAUUUGGCACCGUCUUCGACGUCGAAGUGACUGUGGGCAACCAGUCCUUUCAGUUGCUAGUCGACACCGGAAGCAGCGAUACCUACGUGAUGAAAACCGGCUUCCAAUGCAUCAAUGCCACCAACAACUUGGAAAUCCCCGAAGCCGACUGUCUCUACUCCCCCAAGGCAUACAAUAUCUCCGACACCUAUCGCAAGAUUCCAGAUCAGAUAUUCGGGAUUGAAUAUGGCGCAGGCAUCGCUAGCGGUGUCAUGGCAUACGAGGAUGUUACUUUGGGAGGAAUCACCGUCAAAAACCAGAAGGUCGGCAUUGCGGAUCGAUCGAAUCCCAUGGGUGACGGCGUCAACAGUGGGCUUUUGGGCCUGGGGUAUCCAGCGCUGACGUCGGCACAUCCCAGUAACACAUCCAAUAGUUCGUACUGGUACGAUCGCAUCGUUUAUAACCCACUCUUCACGAACAUGUACGAACAAGGUCUCGUCGCACCAUACUUCAGUCUUGCUUUGGCCCGGACAGCACAGAAUUCAUCCACCGGCUUCGGGGGCUACCUAUCACUGGGUACCCUACCACCAGUUCCUCACUCUGAUUUCUCCAUCGUCCCUGUUGAGAUCCUUGACAACAUCCCACUCAACUACACCUCAGGCAAACGAGUACGAUCCUACUGGGCUCUGACCGUCUCCGGCGCCACCUACGGCUCCUCCACCAACUCAACACCCUUCCAAGCCUUUGUCGACUCAGGAAACUACAUAUCCUACCUGCCAUCCGCCAUAGCCAACUCAGUCAACGCCCUGUUCGAGCCUCCAGCAAGAUACGAUGCCUCGCUGGGCGCAUACGUAGUCGACUGCACAGCCAAAGCGCCCUCGUUUGGUCUACAGAUCGGGAACCAGACCUUCUUCCACAAUGGCGCCGAUAUGAUCUACCAGACCGGCGAGGGCAUUUGUAUCUCGAGCGUGGCGGCUUCAGAAAAUGUUGGGAUUGAAGGGUUGACGCUGAAUAUCAUCGGAGUGCCGUUUUUGAAGAAUGUCGUGGCGGUUUUUGAUUUUGGGUGGAAUGAGAUGAGAUUUGCGAAGCUGAAGUAACUUGCAUUUAGAUGGAAUAUUUUAGAUUAUCUAUCAUUAUGAACAUGCAGAGGUUCGUCUACCUUUUAUAGCAUCGCCAGUCCAUCGGAUUCCUAUUCUCUUUUGGGUUAGUCUGAUCCACGGGAGCGUAUCCGAUUUCUAUUUUAGGAAGGGCGAUGAGCAGACCUCCAGAAACGAUGAUAAUAUUCCAUGUUUUCUAGUGCAUGUCGAAUAGAAUUGAUGAUUUUAUUUCUAAAAAAUAUUCACCGC